AUGGUUAUAUCUAAGAAAGAAAGAAAGAAAGAAAGAAAGAAAGUGAAAAAACAGAAAGAAAGAAAGAAAGAAAGAAAGAAAGUGAAAAAACAGAAAGAAAGAAAGAAAGAAAGAAAGAAAGUGAAAAAACAGAAAGAAAGAAAGAAAGAAAGAAAGAAAGUGAAAAAACAGAAAGAAAGAAAGAAAGAAAGAAAGAAAGUGAAAAAACAGAAAGAAAGAAAGAAAGAAAGAAAGAAAGUGAAAAAACAGAAAGAAAGAAAGAAAGAAAGAAAGAAAGUGAAAAAACAGAAAGAAAGAAAGAAAGAAAGAAAGAAAGAAAGAAAAAAGAAAGAAAGAAAGAAAGUGAAAAAACAGAAAGAAAGAAAGAAAGUGAAAAAACAGAAAGAAAGAAAGAAAGUGAAAAAACAGAAAGAAAGAAAGAAAGUGAAAAAACAGAAAGAAAGAAAGAAAGUGAAAAAACAGAAAGAAAGAAAGAAAGUGAAAAAACAGAAAGAAAGAAAGAAAAAAGAAAGUGAAAAACAGAAAGAAAGUGAAAAACAGAACGAAAGUGAAAAACAGAACGAAAGUGAAAAACAGAACGAAAGUGAAAAACAGAACGAAAGUGAAAAACAGAACGAAAGUGAAAAACAGAACGAAAGUGAAAAACAGAACGAAAGUGAAAAACAGAACGAAAGUGAAAAACAGAACGAAAGUGAAAAACAGAACGAAAGUGAAAAACAGAACGAAAGUGAAAAACAGAACGAAAGUGAAAAACAGAACGAAAGUGAAAAACAGAACGAAAGUGAAAAACAGAACGAAAGUGAAAAACAGAACGAAAGUGAAAAACAGAACGAAAGUGAAAAACAGAACGAAAGUGAAAAACAGAACGAAAGUGAAAAACAGAACGAAAGUGAAAAACAGAACGAAAGUGAAAAACAGAACGAAAGUGAAAAACAGAACGAAAGUGAAAAACAGAAAGAAAGUGAAAAACAGAAAGAAAGUGAAAAACAGAAAGAAAGUGAAAAACAGAAAGAAAGUGAAAAACAGAAAGAAAGUGAAAAACAGAAAGAAAGUGAAAAACAGAAAGAAAGUGAAAAACAGAAAGAAAGUGAAAAACAGAAAGAAAGUGAAAAACAGAAAGAAAGUGAAAAACAGAAAGAAAGUGAAAAACAGAAAGAAAGUGAAAAACAGAAAGAAAGUUUAUGA